CUCUCUCCCAUCAGUAUGUUGUGAAAAUUUUACGUCGUGUUGAUUUCUGUGCUGGUGGAAAUUUAAUUCCAAAAAUUCGCGAUAAUUCCGAACAGACGGUCCUAAAAACGAUGACCAUCGUUUUCUGAGAGUGGCACUGUGACGAAUUCCACCGGGGAAUCCGUUCGGCGUUUGGGGCUGUUAGUGCGUUUCGAGGGAAACAAUUUGUGCGAUAAUCGGAUAGCAAACAUUUUGGUUUCUUUCAACCACACUCGUUGUGGGGCGGAGGACGAGUAGCCAGUAGCCCCAGCCCCAAAACCCAGGCCAGGAAAAUUGCUAGGCAGGAAAAAAGAAGAUGGCCUUUUCCAGCCACAUCAGCGAUAUCGUCAAUUUGAAUGUUGGCGGAACUAGAUUCUCAACAUCUCGUCAAACCCUGACAUGGGUCCCGGACACUUUUUUCACGUCGCUACUGAACUCCGAGAGGAAUGGUCGGAUCUCGAGCCUCCGGGACGAAACGGACGCCAUCUUCAUCGACCGGGACCCUAAGCUGUUCUCCAUCAUACUGAACUACCUGCGCACCAAGGAGAUUGACAUAAAGUCGUGCGAUAUCCGAGUGCUGCGACAUGAGGCUGAGUUCUACAACAUAUCUCCGCUCAUCAAGCGGCUCAUGCUGUGUGAAGAGAUGGACCAGUCCAGCUGCGGCGAUGUGCUGUUCUACGGAUAUCUUUCUGCUCCAAACAUUCCAUUACAAGAGGUAACGCUGCCUUCAUUCACAACUAGUUCCGUAAGCGGUAUUGUCGCUUCCAACUCAUCAUCCGGGUCAAAUGGUUCCACACAAACAGCUCAAUCCAAGUCCCAACAUGAACCCCAACCUGGCACUUCCGCUCAAUCAUCGAUGCCCCAACAGUCGGCCAGUGUGCCUCCUCUAUCAAUGGCUUCCGGCAGCGGUGUUUGCCAUCCACCGUCAAACCCACGACCCGGAUCGAUGGUACGCGUCCCUGAGUUCUCUCAGAGCUCGGGUUCGUCCGGUAGCAGCACAGGAGGCGCUAGUGGUUCUCGUCAUGCCGGUCAUUCUCGAAACUCAUCGUGGGAUCUCCGCGUUUCGUAUAACGGAAAUGGAAGAAACUCACAGUGGGCUCCCGGACAUUCUCGAACGGCUUCCCUGGACAUGAUGCGUCACCAUUCUCGAAACUCAUCGGUCGAUUUGAACAAAUACAUCCGCAAUGAUGUUGGGCUGGUCUUCGGACCUCAGACGUCCGGGUGGUCCGAUCCGAUGCGUGUUCAAAUCAUCAAAGCUCACCACAACUGGAUACUGGUGGCCUACGCCCAUUUUGUCACGUGCUAUCGGUUGAAGGACUACUGCGGAUGGCAGCAGAUUUUCGUUUCGCCAUACGUGGAGCAUCCGAUCGAGCGGAUAGCCAUCAAUGCCAAAAUGAGUCUGGCCACGUCGGCCGGCGAGCAGUCUCACAGCAAAAUGGUAGCAAUCUCAUACGGCAGUCAGAUCCGACUGUGGGGAAUCUCGGAAGACGGUAGCAAGACGGAUGUUGGCAUUUUCAACCUGAACGUCCGGGUCGAGUAUCUGUUCUUCAUCGGCAGCCAGCUGGUGGCCCUGUCGUCGUCGGGGAAGAUUGGCGUGUGGCACGCGAUGACCCAGCACUGGCAAAUUCAAGAUCUGGUCCCGAUCCUGUCGUUCGACACGGCCGGGUCGUUUCUGCUGCUCGGUUGCAACAAUGGCUCGAUUUACUAUAUUGAUAUGCAAAAGUUUCCGCUGCGCAUGAAAGACAAUGAUCUGCUGGUGACUGAGCUGUACAAGGAUCCUUCAAACGACUCCAUAACGGCCAUCUCGGUGUACCUGACGCCGAAGACCACAACACCGGGAGAUAAAGAAGGUCUGUCCGGUAACUGGAUUGAGAUCGCCUACGGUACCAAGUCCGGCUCGGUUCGAGUGAUCGUGCAGCACCCGGAAACCGUCGGCCACGGACCCCAGCUGUUCCAGACUUUUACCGUGCACCAGAGUCCGGUGACGAAGGUCACCCUGUCGGAGAAAUUUCUCAUCUCGGUCUGUAGUGAGUACAACCAUGUGCGCACCUGGGAAGUCACUCGCUUUCGAGGCAUGAUCUCCACUCAGCCAGGCUCAACUCCUGAGGCUUCCUUCAAGAUUGUGUCAUUGGAAGCGGUAGACUCAACGUACAGCUAUUCGGCUGGCAACGACUUUGGUCCUUUCGGCGAGCAGGACGACGAACAGAUCUUUGUGCAGAAGGUGGUUCCGGACACGGAUCAGCUCUAUGUGCGGCUGGCCUCGAACGGAGAGCGCGUUUGCUUGAUUCGUUCUGUCGACGGUACCACCAUCACGUCGUUCUGUGUUCACGAAUGUGAAGGUUCCUCUCGGAUGGGAUCUCGUCCCCGCAGAUUCAUCCUGUCCGGCCACUGUAAUGGGGCCAUCCAGAUGUGGGACCUCACGACGGCGUUGGAAAUCUUCAAAAAGAAGGAUCAGAACAAAAAACUGAUCGGAGGACCCACGGCGGACGAACUGAUUCGGCUGUUGGAUCAGUGUGACCUUAGCAAUAGUCACUGUUCAACGCCCUGCAUGUCUCCGUGCCCAUCAGCGAUCUCAACGGGCGCCGCUAACGUUGCCAGACUGAAACCGUUCAACGUAGCAUUUCUGAAUCAGUCGGCAGCCGCGGCCGCUGGUCCGGGAUGUGUUCAGCCGAAUCCGGACCAACCGAACUGAUCUAGGCUGAGGGGACGGCAAGGAAUUUGAAAGUGGCUAUGCUGCUAUCUUCAAUUGUAUGAUUGAACGAUUCUAGGCAAUCUUUCUAAGGUAUCCUGUAUUUGUGAUUUUAUGCUUGUAUCAAAAUCGAUUGAUUGUUCUCGUACUCGAACGGUAGAUAUUCGAUAAAUUUUCAAAGAAAACUUUCCCAAACUGUGUAAUCCUAUCAUUUAUCACUAUUUAAAAAAUCAAUAUCAAGUAUGAGAAAUACAAUUAUGAAGAACAUAGAUUUGAUAGAUUUGCGUGCGAUAUGAGAAGACUCGAAAAUAUUCGGAAAGUUUCCUGCAAAAAUCGAUUCAGCCAAUGGAAUGACGUAGAACAGGUCUAAAAUGAGAUAGAUUAUAUGCUAUUCAUACCUACAAGAGCAAUCUUGAUUGUGGAAAAGUUGACAAAAAGUGAUAUUUGCGCUCUAUGAAUUCAAUAUUGCUACUACAAUACUAUUCGUGUUAUCAAUAUUUAAACAUAGUCAAUCCUGUAGAGAAGAACUAUAUUUUUAAUAAAAUCUCGAAAACGUUA